CGCAGUUAAGUGGGUGGUGUGUGCUCGGGUUCGCCACCGAUUCACCUAUAAAACGCGUGUCUGCGCAUCAACGCAAGCGAACAUUUACAGCUGUUUUCGUAUCGAAAAACCAAACCAAACAAGCGAUGGCACGCGUCGCACAAUUAGGAUUCUCUCUCGGGCCAGCGAUCCGGUGGAUCACCGUAACCCUGCUAGUGGUGGGCCUGCCGGCAACGAUCGACGCAAAGAUCUACACCAAAUGUGAGCUUGCCAAACAGCUGACCGCGAACGGGAUCAGCAGAACGUACCACGGCCACUGGAUCUGUCUGGCUAUGGCGGUUAGCGGACUGGACACCUCCAAGACGACAACGCUACCCAACCAAACCGCAAACUAUGGCAUCUUUCAGAUCAACAGCAAAGAGUGGUGCCGCGUGGGCUAUAAAGGCGGUAAAUGUAACAUGAAAUGUGAAGAUUUUGUGACCGAUAACGUGACGAACGCCAUCCAGUGCUCGAAGAUGAUCCAGCAGCAGAAGGGCUUCAACGAGUGGCAGCUGUGGCAGAAGAAGUGCAAGGGUAAAGAUCUGCCCGAUCUAUCGAACUGUGGUGCGAUCGGGUGAACGGGCAGAUAGCGAGUUACUUAAUUUCUGCGCUACUCUCUUUGCAAAAACGUAUCUUUAUUCAACAAGGCAGCAAAUACAAACCCCACUUAGCUUCCAGUGAAAUUUGUGAAGCGAUAAAUAAUCCCGGCGCAUCACAUCCCCAAUCUGUUUUGAGAACAUCGACAAAACAAGCCGAGCGCGAUCGCGAGCUAUAAAGCUAGUUAAAAUCCAAUAAACAUCCUGCCACGAUCCCUGUGGGGGCAUGGUGAUUAA